AUGCCCAUCAUGUGUUCUCUCAAAAGCCUUGCAACUGAAAUCGUGAUCCAAGUCAUCGAUUCUAUAGACGACACACCAUCUGUCAGUCGGCUUUCUCGUACAUCGCGACAUCUGCAUUUUGUCGCAAAUCCCAUCCUUUAUCGUAGAGCGAUAGCAGACCCUACAGCCCUGGCAUGGGCCGUGUCUCAUGACAGGUCCGAUGUCGUGCAUGGGAUACUGGGCCACCAGGCUGAUCCGCACCGCUUUGCUGCUAGUUUCGAGUUGAAUAUACUCCUCCAUCAGGCAUUGAUGCACGGAAGUUUCAAGACAGCCAACGCCCUGCUAGAUUUGGGUGCCGAUGUGGUAUACAGCAGUGACUCUCAACGACGCUCGUCUUGCCAGAAAACGACCGAUUGGCUUGCAAAUGGUACUUUCGCUCUGCUCGGCUCACUAGCGCUCGCGGCAGGCAGUCGCUUCCACAUCGGAUUCUGGUAUGAUCCCAAUUGCGUCUACUCAU